GUUUGUGAUUGGCCAUAACCUUUUCCGGUGGGGCAUCCGUCCAAGGACUGAGAAAAGAGACGUUAGCUAACAAAUUGUUCGUGACAGUGACGAAAGAACGUUUCUUCUUGAAAAUAUAUUUCAGAUCAAGAGAUCGGGAUGGCGUCCGGCAGUUCGAGCAGCGAGGAGGAGAGGAGCCUACGUGAGUGUGAGCUCUACGUGCAGAAGCACAACAUCCAGCAGCUGCUGAAGGACUGCAUCGUGCAGCUGUGCACCUCCAGGCCCGACAGGCCAAUGGCUUUUCUCAAAGAGUACUUCGAGCGGCUAGAAAAGGAGGAGGUGAAACAGCAGCUGAGUCAGCAGAAGUCCAGCUCACGGUCGGACUCCCGCGAGGAUGAGAUCUCUCCUCCGAUGAACCCCGUGGUCAAGGGCCGGCGGCGGCGUGGAGCCAUCAGCGCAGAGGUCUACACCGAGGAGGACGCCGCCUCCUACGUCAGAAAGGUAACUCUCAUGUCCUCUCUCUCUCACACACACACACACACACACACACACACACACACACACACACACACCGAGGAGGACGCCGCCUCCUACGUCAGAAAGGUAACUUUCAUGUCCUCUCUCUCUCACACACACACACACCGAGGAGGACGCCUCCUCCUACGUCAGAAAGGUAACUCUCAUGUCCUCUCUCUCACACACACACACACACACACACACACACACACACACCGAGGAGGACGCCGCCUCCUAUGUCAGAAAGGUAACUUAUGUCCUCUCUCAUGUCCUCUCACACACACACACACACACACACACCGAGGAGGACGCCGCCUCCUACGUCAGAAAGGUAACUUAUGUCCUCUCUCAUGUCCUCUCACACACACACACACACACACACACACACACACACACACACACACACACACACACACACACACCGAGGAGGACGCCGCCUCCUACGUCAGAAAGGUUAUCCCUAAAGACUACAAAACGAUGGCUGCCUUGGCUAAGGCCAUUGAGAAGAAUGUGCUCUUUGCCCACCUUGAUGACAAUGAAAGAAGCGACAUUUUUGAUGCCAUGUUCUCAGUCACCUACAUUGCUGGAGAAACAGUCAUUCAACAAGGUGAUGAGGGGGAUAACUUCUAUGUUAUUGAUCAAGGUGAAAUGGACGUGUAUGUGAAUAAUGAGUGGGUCACCAGCAUUGGCGAGGGCGGCAGUUUUGGUGAGCUGGCGCUCAUCUAUGGCACCCCCAGGGCGGCCACAGUCAGAGCCAAGUCCAACGCGAAACUGUGGGGCAUCGACAGAGACAGCUACAGGAGAAUACUCAUGGGCAGCACUUUGAGGAAGAGGAAGAUGUAUGAGGAGUUCCUGAGCAAAGUAUCAAUCCUUGAGUCUCUGGAUAAGUGGGAGCGUCUUACGGUGGCCGAUGCUCUGGAGACAGUGCAGUUUGAGGACGGACAGAAGAUUGUUGUGCAGGGAGAGCCUGGGGACGAGUUCUUCAUUAUCCUGGAGGGAACAGCUGCUGUGCUUCAGAGGCGGUCAGAGAAUGAGGAGUUUGUGGAGGUCGGAAGACUGGGGCCCUCCGACUACUUUGGUGAAAUCGCUCUGUUGAUGAACCGCCCGCGCGCUGCCACCGUGGUCUCCCGUGGACCGCUGAAGUGUGUGAAGCUGGAUCGUCCGCGUUUCGAGAGAGUGCUCGGCCCCUGCUCAGAUAUACUGAAGAGGAACAUCCAACAGUACAACAGCUUUGUCUCCCUGUCCGUCUGAACCUGAAGCUGCCCCUGCCCUCCGUAACACCCCCACCCCCCAUUCCUAGUUUGAUCCCCUGUGCCACAGGGUCCACCAAUGCAAAUCUGCUUUAUUUUCUUACUUCUGGAAUAUGUUCCAACACCCAUGUGCCCACAUGUGUCGUUUCUUCUUUAGUGGCUCUCUCUCUCUCUCUCUCUCUCUCUCUCUCUCUCUCUCUCUCUCUCU